AUGAAGAAGUGUACCAAAGUUAAAAAUCCAUGCAAGAUUUGUUUCCAGGCAGUCACUAAGAAAACGGGCUUGCAGUGUCAAGGCGCAUGUCAAAAAUGGGCUCAUUUUAAAUGCUUAAACUAUACCCCUGGAAAAAUACAAGAUAUUAAGGCUAAAAUUAUAAAAAUUACUUGUCCUUGUCCCGAUUGCAAUACAUCACAGCCGAAGGAGGUUUUAACAGAUCCACCUUUCACCUGUACGAACACUCAAUGUCCUGCAAAUAAGCUACCAGUCUGUGCUUCCACAGAGUGUCCAUCUAAACAAAAUCCUAUACCAACGUAUCCUCCUCCUCCUUUUGAGUACGGUCGUUCACCUAUUUCUUCACCUAAAUGCCAAAACAAGCAAACCUCGGCACCCCUAAAACGCACUUCAUCACCACCCCAGUGUAAUAUUUCAACAAGUAUUUCAUUAACAAAAAACCCGAAAAGCUCAUAUUCACCGUGUCCUUCACAAGUUGGAAAAACUGUAUAUAACAACUUUUCACCCAAACAGUCAAAGUCGUGUUCAGAUUUUGUGAAUAACUCUUAUUCAGGACCAGUUUCUCAAAAAAAUGGCUUACAAUGCCAAGGCGCUUGCCAAAGCUGGGUGCAUUACAACUGUCUAAACUAUACUCCCGGAAAAAUUAAGGACAUAAAAGCUGGUGUAAUAAAAAUAAUAUGUCCGUGUCCGGACUGUAAAACAAGGUUACCCAAAGAGUACACAAUAAAUGAACCAUUCAGUUGUACUAAUACCCAAUGCUCAGCUAACAAUCCUCCAAGAUGUGAAAACAUGCUAUGCCCAAUCAACAAGGGACAUGCAAAAGAGCAAAUGCCAGUUUCUACAGGAUGUGCGCUAAAUAAAUGUGGAAAGAGUUGUAAGCCAAAUAGUUAUCCAAAUUUACCAGACGCUCCACAACCAUUACCUAUACAACCAUGUGCACCUCCUAACCACCCGUUUCCUGGUUAUGCAUCAGCGUCUUCAGAUAGUUGCCUGGUUGCUAACGGAUGCCCAGCAGGCUGUUCAUCUGAUGAUAUUCCAGGCGAUAUAGGUCGUAAGGGCAGGCCUAUAAUUCCAUCAUUAGGAACCCUUGAACAGAUGUGCAACACUGUCGGGCAGUUGACUAAUCAAAUCAAUAAUUUAAUGGCAAAAAUGCAGCAAGUAGUUCGAGAAAAAAAUGGCACUAGUCAUAAGGGAUGUUCGCAAAAAGGUCCUAAAUCAAUGUGUAAGAAACCCUGUUAUUGUCCGGGAAAUCCUGGACGGCGAAUG